UGAUUGGUCGAGGAUAUCGGUGCGCUCAUUGAUCACGUGCAGUCCUGCGCUGCUGUAGUUGAGGCGCUGAGGGCUCCGGGCGAGGUGUGUUGGCGGUUCGGCGGUGGCCAUGGGGGGACGUGCUAUGUACCAGCUCGCAAUUUUCCUCCUUUCAGGAGUUUUGCUGGCUGAAGCAGUGAAGAUUGAAGUCCAUGACAAGGAUAAUAGAACCUGUAUAUAUGCUGUUCUAUCAGUCAACUUCACUGUCCGUUAUGAAGGAAAUAAAACAAUGGAAAAUGCGACAUUUCAACUGCCUGAUACAUUAUCAUCAAAUGGAAGUGUCUGUGGUGGAAAUAAUUCAGCUCCUUUGUUAAAAUUGAACUUUGGAUCUGGUCAGUCUUUGAGUUUAAAUUUCUCCCAUUCUGCUGGAGCAUUCAGAGGAGAUGUGUUGACUUUCACAUACAACACCAGUGAUGCUACACUGUUUCCUGGAGCGAUAAACAAAAGUGUAAAAGAAGUUUCUGUGGAUUCCCUAAUGGAAAAGGCACUGCUCAACACUAUAUACACAUGUAAAAGUGCUAAAGCUAUUGCAAAAAAAGACGUAAUCAUGGUUUUUUAUGAUGUCAGUAUUCAAGCCUUUGUGGAGAAUGGAACAAUUAGCAAAAAUGAAUCUAUCUGUAAGGCGGAUAUUCUCACCACUACGUCACCUCCCACAACAUGGACAACCUCAACCAUGACCCCAACUACAUUACCACCAUCACUGCCCACAGUGGGCAACUACACACUCAAAAAUGGCAGCAAUUUUUGUCUCCUUGCCAAUAUGGCACUGCAGCUGAAUCUUACCUAUACAGAUGAUAACCAGACACGAGUGAUUAAUGUUGAUUCGAAUUCUACAGCAAGUGGGCACUGUGGGGAUCAAGAUGCUGCUCUUGUGCUGGAAGAUAUAAACACAACAAUUCUAUUUCAUUUUGUUGUGGAGCAAUCAAAGUUCUUCUUAAAGGAGGUGAAAGCUAAUAUAAGCCUGGUUGUAAAUGGUUCAACAAUCCCACUUCACAGAAGCAAUAGUAGCCUGAGAUACUGGCAGGCAUCUGUUGGAAGUUCAUACAUGUGCCAAAGGGAACAGAGGCUGAGGGUGACUGACCAAUUGGUUAUUAAUGCAUUUAAAGUGUGGAUUCAGCCAUUUGACUUGAAGUCUGGAGUUUUCUCCAGAGCUGAAGAAUGUUCUCUGGAUGAUGACGGCAUUCUUAUUCCUAUUAUAGUUGGUGCCUGUCUAGCUGUCUUAAUUGUAAUUGUUAUAAUUGCUUAUGUAGUUGGUAGAAGAAAAAGCUAUGCUGGAUACCAAACACUCUAGAUUUGGUCUGUCAUUUAAUUAGUGAUAUAAUUACAUGAUGGCUAUUCAGUAGGUGGAAGUCCUUGCCUCUCAACUUUAAAAUUGCACUAGGCCUUUGCCAAGUCUUUGGGGCUGAUGAACUUGCACCUAUACUUUCUGGAGAUGAAAUGUUGAAAACACAUUGCUGGCAUUGAAGGAUGAAGCUUUGCUUUAGACUUCAUGGCAUUGCUCCAAGGAAAUGACAGUUCAGUCCAAUAAGUCUGUCUUUGUAUCUGACUCCUCUGAUUAACCUUCUGAAUGACUAAUAUUUGCCAGCAAUGGUUCUAACAUUUCUUCCAAUCUAAAGAAUAAAAUUGAAUGUUGUACAAUCAAUCCUAAUUUAGCUUGUUUGGGUGUACUGUGGAAAAUGUAUAAAUGUUAAUAAUGUCUGUGUAUAUAAGUUUGAAUUUAGCAAAAAAAAAAAUUUUAAUGACAUUUGCUAGGUGCCUUGAAUUGUAGAAACUUUUCCAAGUUUGUAAUGUCUGUUCUAAUUGGCAUGUGCAAAUAUUAUCUAAUGUUAACCACUGACCUCUAAUUUUGCAACGUGGAGCUUUUUCACUGCACACUAGAUAUGAUGAAAUUGUGAACAUUUUGGCUUUCAUCUUGGUAUUAUAGCUUAGAUAAACUGCAAUCUUUUCCUGUAGUACAUUUUUAUGUGAAGUUCAACUUGCAUUUAUAAUAAAGAAUCCUCAUGAA